AUGCAGCCUCCAGGUCAGUACUGAGGGCAUCAAAGCCCACACACGCACAUGAUCACAUACGCACACACACACACACACACACACACACACACACACACACACACACACACACACACACACACACACACACACACACACAGAGUCUAUAACAGUGUUUAUCUCUCUGCAGCUCCAGCUGAAGAGCACAUGCAGCCUCCAGGUCAGUACUGAGGGCAUCAAAGCCCACACACGCACAUGAACACACACGCACAUGAACACACACGCACACACACACACACACACACACACACACACACACACACACACACACACACACACACACACACACUCCAGUUUCACUCCUCUCUUUACGUCCUUUUAGCAGAAGGAGGAGAGGUGGAGCUUGCGCAGACUAAUCUGCCUGAAGAUGCUCCAGGUGAGUCUUACAGUCUCUAACAGUCUAUCAGUUUGAUUUCUCUGUGAUUUCAAGAACUGAAAUGAUUUCAAUAAACAAACUCAAAUGAGUUUCACAUGAACAUGAUCAGAAGUAUUGACUGAUGAUCUUGAUUCUCUUUGUCAGAGAUGAUCUUGUUUCUCUGCCGAUGUUGAUCUUGUUUAUUUCUGUCAUUGAAGAUCUUGUUUCUCUCUUCCCCUAGCAUUGCGUUUCUUUACCUGUCCUAGAGAUUGGACGCCUUACAAGACAAACUGUUACAAAUUGAUGACGACUCCGACGUCCUGGACAAAUGCUGAGGUAAUUUUACAUCAUCUUUCCUCAGUUGUCAGUAAAGUUGAAUCAAAAAAGUAUUGAAGUGCAUAGAUCUGUUUGUGUCCCUGUAGAGACAGUGCUCCGAUUAUGGAGCUGUCUUGGCUCCUGUUGAUAAUUUCGGGGAUUACAGCUUCAUGCAGUCAUACAUCAACGGACAAGGGGGUGGCGAAGCCUGGCUGGGAGGAUUUUAUUUCAAGGUUAUUAGAGAAACACACUAACAUCAUGAAAAGAUCCGUGCAUGAAUCAAACUGUUUGUAUCAGCUGAUUGAACUUCCUGUUUUUUCUGCAUGACAGUCAAACUUUGAGACAUGUCAAACUCUCUGUGUCCAUGUUUGCAGAGAUGGAGGUGGCUGGACAAUAGUCUCUUUGACAUUAACCCACCAUAUGAUACCUACAGACAGUGCAUCUCCCUUCACGGUGCCGGUGAGUCACAACACCUUCACCUGAACUUGAGCUGUGCUCAUAAAACAUCUGGAAUCACUGCAAACAUGUCUUUAAAGGUAGCAAAUAAAUGUUGUUUCAAUUCAUGUGGAUGAAACACAGCUGCAGUCUAUCAGACGCCUCUGAUCACAAAACAGUAAGCUUUAGUCAGACUACAGUCAGCUAAAAGCCAUCUUACCACUGCACUAUCAGCCUAAAAUAACAGCUGUCAGGAAGAGAGGACAAGAAACUGGCUGACAGGAUGCUGAAAUGACUCCAUUAAGGUGCUACUUUGUAAAAAGUCUGAAUAUAAACUCUUCAAAGGAUCCCUCUAAGAGUGAAGUUAGGUUUGAUUUGUACUUCUGAUCCCACUUCAGAAAGUUGAGCACUUUUCAUGCUCUACCUACACACUCAGUCCUUUGGCUCCAAAACUUUAGAUUCUUGCAAAGAUUGAAAGACCUGUCAGGAGUUUGCAUGUAUUCAGGUCUCAGAAUUGACCUGAUCUGAAAUCCAAGCCCAUGGAGAACUCUCUACUUUCAGUCUGAACAAACCUUAACAGAAAAUGUCACAUCUUUUUCAUGAUAAUGACUGAAUCUUUGCUCUUGCAGCUCAAUGGUUCAGCGAUCACUGCGAUUCCAGAAAGAGGUUUAUAUGCAUGAUGAAAACGGGCUGCUGAUACUGAAUCAGAGUCCUGACAGAGUGAUGGAGAACAUGAUGGAUCAGAUGUUGGAUGAUGGAUCAACACAGCCCCAUUUGAUUUGAAAAAGAAACGUUCAAAUGACAACAUCAUGCUGUACUUAUGAAAUUCUUCUCUGUUGGUUCAGAGGCCUCAAGCCCAGGGCUGAUUCCUCUUUGAUUCACUGAGAUAUGUGUCAUGGAUCAAAUCACAGCAAAUGAAUAAAGAAAUUAACCCUGAUGUCUUUUGGAGUCUGGUGCCUUUCUGCUAGCAGCAACACUUCACCUCUGACACAUAGACUGUUCUAUGAAUUUUAACACUACUGUGCAGCAUUUUCAGACUAAAAUAAAAUCACUGAGUUAUACUGAAGCCAGGAAAUAAGUACAGCGUAUUCUCUUUGAAUUUGUGUCCUGCAUACAUCAAUCACUCUUUUUUAGGUUUGUAGUUGAGUUGAGUCAGUUUGGGUAGAUCUUUCCUUCACUGGGUCCAGGUCACAGUUAGAGUCCCCUCCCAUAAAAUGUACUUUUACAUUUAGAAAUAGUUUUUGUCAUCAGUUUGCUCAGGACUUAGACUUUAUGAUGAAAGAUGCCUUUUACAGAUGUUUGCAAGCCAGGCAUCACUUAAAUCCAAACCAGAAUGAGGGUUUCUACAGUUAUUUCUAACAUUACGCCCCUUUAAAAUAUCACGAAAUAUUCAAACUCCGAUUGUUUAGUGGAACCCAACAAUCUCUGUUUUUUCAAGAAAACUGGAAUAUUAAUGAUUAAAAUAAACGUAAUAUACAGUCUACAGAGCUAACUCUGAACACAGCUUAUUACUGCUGGUAAUUGUUCUCCAUAUACUUAGUUCAGACAGAAAACUUUUCUUCCAAGUAAAGAUCAGCGUCCUGUUUCUCCAGGUAGAGCUGCCACAAUACCAGAUUUUCACUGCACAGUUAUCAAGCCAUAAAAUAUUGAGUCAUGCAAAGGGAAACUUUGAUUUUAGGUAAAAGCUGCUUUCUGUUGAGGAAAAGUUGCAGAUCUGAAUGAAAACAGUUGGAAAGUUUAAAUGUUCAAUCAGUCAGGAACCUGAGGCGACACAAACUCUAAUAAUGGUUUUUGGAUUCAUAAUAAAUCUUUGGAGCUGAAAAGCACUGUAGAUCUGAGAAAGAAAAUAGAAAUAAAUACACAUUGAAAGGGAUUAACGAUAAACCAACCAACCAAUGUGUAGACUGAACAUAAAGCCCAUAAAAGUAACAACCACAGCAUUUAUGUAUAUAAAUGUUCCCCACAAAAUCAACAAGCAAAGACCCAAACACAUUUCUGAACAAGCAGCCAGAUAAACGUGUUCAUAUACCAUUCCUUUUAUAUGUUUUUAUUUAUCUAUUUUAUGCAUUUUUAUCAAAUACAUGUGAUAUCACAAGUUGUUAUUCCAAACAGCUGUUGACCAAGAUGACUUCUUUUUCAAGCAUAUGCCCCUCUUCACCUGCACCUGCUCACUGUGAUUCCUCCGUCAGAAACACCGCAGGGUGUUUUAACAUCUCAAGACCAAACUCUCUAGACUUUCAGUGGGAUACAUUUAAACUUUUUUUAAAAAUAAAAUUACAUACAUCCUUUAUAAUAUUCUACAUAAGCUGCCAACUUUCAGGUCAUGUGACUUUCCCCUCAGAUCAAAAGACUCCUUCUCUGUCUUUACCAGUGGAACGAUUUGGUUCAGCUUUACUCCGGGGCUUCUGGCAGCCUCACCCCCCUAGACCAUCUGAAAUUAAAAUGGGAAGAAGAUUUUGGAUGAAACCUUGAGAAUGGCUGUGGAGGCAGUAUACUCCACCUCUAUGCGUGUCAGACAUAAGGUUAUUCACUUCAAAGUACACAGGCUUCACAUGUCAAAGUCCACACUUGCACAACUCUUUCCAGAACUUGACCAAUCCUGCCAGCGGUGUAAUCAUCACACAGCGAUGCCUCUCCAUUCUUUCUGGGCAUGUCCCAAGAUAAGACAAUUUUGGAGCAGGCUCUAUGGGACUUUCUCCUACAUGUGUAAUAAGACCAUUGAGUUGGAGCCACAGUUGGCAAUAUGUGGUGCGGUUCAGACACAUCUGGGUCUUUCGAGAGCUCAAACCCACACUCUGGCUUUUCCAUCCUUAAUUGCAAAAUGCCUCAUCUUGUUGAACUGGAAGUGCAACCUGCCACCUCUAUGUAGUCGAUGGGUCAAUGAUGUGAUGGUACAUUUAAAGCUGUCAAAAUCAAUAAAAACGACUGAAUAAUAAACAGAGUCGUUUAGAUCAUUUACAUACUGUAUAUAUGUAUAUAAUAAUUUCCCUGCUGAAUGCAAGAGAGAGAGAGAGAGUGUGUUUAAGUAAAGGUGAAUUUAUUGAUCAGGUAACAGCGGUGAGAGAUCUGGGGAUCAUUUUAAAUUCUCGGUUAAAUUUUGAAAGGUUUCCCAACAAUUCAGUCUAAUCUUUGUCAUUUUAAGAUGAGAAAUGAUUUAACAUUCAGUCGUGUCUGUCUGUGUUUAACUCCUGAGAUACUCUCAAGUCUGUCUGGUGGUUUAAUGGUCUGGUUCCAGGCAAACUGGUUAGUUACCUAAUCCUUGGAGAGCCUCUACAAUCAUGCCUUGAAAAUCUUGCACACAGACAAAAAAAAAAAAUAUCACCACUGCCAAAUUCUAAGGGGCGGGCGCUGCACAUCUGCAAGAAACUCUAUAAAACUUUGCUCUGUGUUUAUUAAUGUAAACUGUCAUAUCUCUAACAUUUAAACCAUAAAUAAUGAAUUACAACAGGAAGGGAACGUUGACAGAGAUGAUGCAACAGUUAAGGUUAACAGGUGAAGAACAAAUUCAGGAACACGUUGAUGAUAAAUCUCUGAGGGAUGGUGGCGUUUGGAACAAGUCACAAACAUUUAUUGAGCUGUUAUGACUGCAGACUACGAAUCAUAAAGUAAUUUACCGGAAGGAGCUGGCUCAUUGUGUUGAUUUUCAAUAACUGAUUAAUUAAAUGUGUCUGUAGGGAAAUUAUUAACAUUAAUUCAGAUAAUAUUUCCAUACCAGCUAUAAAUCAGUCUCUCACUGUUUUCUUAUCAGCCUUAUGUGGACCUUAAGUCACAUUUAGUUUGACACUCUGUCCUCCAGCUGAACAUGACCAUAUUUGUCCAGGUAUGAGUGUAUAAAAAGCAGGACGGUCUAGUCUUCAUCACUCACCUGAGAGCAUCAGCUGAUAUUCACCUGACAGGUAAGUCCCCCCCAUCCCUUUGCCACAGGAGGUCAGGAGGUAGCACAUUUUCUGAUUUCCAGCAGGUCUCCAGUCUCUUCAUCAUCCCCCUCCUCUGCAUCAUGAAGGCUCUCCUCCUCCUUUCCCUCCUCACUCUCUCAGCUGCAGCAGGUCAGUUUGUUUUACUGUUUUCUUGGGUUCAUUGAUUUUCCACAUUUUGGCUUGGAGCUUUGGCAGUAAUGAUCUGGACUUAUUGCUGCUAUCCUUUGGCUAUUUAGAGCAACACAACAGACUGAGGAUAUUCGGAGAGCAUGAAGUACAAAAGUUGAAGUCUGGAUAGAGCUCUUUGUGUGCAUGUGUGUGUCGCUAGUUUGUUCAACCUUUGUUUCUUUGACUGAGAGUUUAGAUAUUCCCCAAACAGCUCAGCUGCAAAACCAAACCUUAAAGGAUUGUUUGGUCUGAGCUGAGAAGAGACCCAGAGAGUGUAUUGUUAUGGAGGCUGUGGGAGAAAAAAUCACCUAAAUCUGUGCACAGGUCAAUAAAAAAGUGAAUGCUAUAAAGACAAAAGGAAAGUUUGAAAAUCUUUCAAUCUGAAUAAAAUCAGAGAUCUUUUUGAGGGAUAUCAAAAGCAACUGUCUCAAAAACAAACUUUAAUGGUUUCCUAACAAAGUGCCAACAUUUGAAUCUGUUGAAAAUGAUUAUUUGGGGACCCAAAAAGAAAUGUAUUUGUUCGAAUUCACGAAAUGUCCAACAUUUUAAUGCAAAGAAGCUUCUAACAGCUUGUUGUACACGACCCUAAGAGCUGACUUCAAUAUAAGUCUCCUGUGAAAGGACUGAGAGCCAGUCAUGGUUUAGAAUUUAAUAGUGGGCCAUCUUUUGGCUCCCCCACUGGCUCUCACUCAGAAACCACCUGUUUGACUCUGACUCUCCAUGGUGUGGUUAGUGUAGUUGUGCAGGCUGCAGCUCCUCCCUCUCACAGCUCAUGCUUUCUGUUUCUUUCUCAGUGUUAAAAGAUGACGUUCCUGCCCCUGAAGGUGAGAAGCAAAAAACAUAGCUCUCAACAUCCUGAGCCAGUUAUCUGAUCUCAUAGUGACUUUUUCUAUCCUUUCAGAGGAGGAUGCUGCUGCAGAGAUGGCUGCACCUGCUGGAGGUCUCCUGUCUUUAAAUGUUCAGCCUGUCCAUGCAUUACACUGACUCUGUUCUUUCAGUCAUAGUGACCACCUGCGUUUUUUUUUUUUGUUUGUUGUUGUUUGUUUUUUCUGUCUUCUGCAGUUCGGUUCUUCACUUGUCCCUCUGGGUGGGUCAGAUACAAGCACAGCUGUUAUUUAUAUGUAACCUCUCCACAGUCCUGGAGCAAUGCUGAGGUAACUUUACAUCAUCGAUGCUCUCUUAGCAGGAAACUGUCAUUCAUAAAUAAUAUUUUAAAAUGUGUUGAUGUCUCCUUCAGGCCCACUGUGACAGACUGGGAGCCUCAUUGGCCUCUGGCCAUGAUGCGUUUGAUUACACUUUCCUCCAGUCGCUCACCAAAAAAGCAUCAAGCGUCGCAGCCUGGACCGGAGGAUACUUCUUCCUGCAGGCACGUGCACAUAGAGGAAUAUAGAAAUAACAAAGAUAGAUAUAUUAUCCAGACCAGAAUGACUCCCCUCGACUUCAUCUAGCUGCAGCUUCAGUAGAAACACAGACAUAACAUUUUGCUAAAGCUAUACAUGAAGGUUAAACUUUGUCAUAAUGUGUGUUAAACUCUGUGUGUGUUGAUGUGAGCAGAACUUUAGGUGGGUGGACCAGAGCCGCUUCAGCUACCACAACUGGUCCCCUCAGCUCAGGCCUGACAUGAACCCCUGUCUCUUUGUUCAGGCCAUGGGUGAGUCCCAACAUCUCUAUCUUUCAUCAUAACUACAUUUAUCGAGAGUUAACAUAGAUGUUACAUAAAGGAGCUUCAGGAGGGUUAAUAGACAAUUGAAAUAAGUAUAAUUGUGAUUAUUAUUAUUAUUAUUAUUAUUAUUAUUAUUAUUAUUAUUAUUAUUAUUAUUAUUAUUAUUAUUAUUAUUAUAUUUUCAAAUUUGGAAGGAAAAAUGGCUGUUUUCAGUUAAGCUGCCAAUAAGCAUCCCUUUUCCAACUUUGCAUUGAUUUAGAUUUCCUCGACGGUUUUAAUAUUAACAGAAAAAUAAAUAGAUAAAUAAAUAAGAACUAAACUUUAGGCUAGAGUCUAGAGUCACAACGCAAAAAUUGUGCUGUGACACCACAGUGAGCAUAGCGGUCUAAUGUCUUGAUCACAUUAAUCACAGCAUGUGGAGACAAAGACCAUCAUACAGUUACUGUAGAGCAUUAGUUCAUUUCAAUGAUCAAAAACGUCCACAAUAAUUUUCUUUCUCAAUGAUUCACUGGGGUCUCCGACCUGCACUUAAAAUCACUUUGGUGAUGCUGAGAGCCUAAAUUCAGGUUUUGCCAGGUCUGUCUGCAAGAUAAUAUCAGGAAAAUCUUAAAAUCUUCACUUUUAAAUGAAGUUUGGUUUGAUUAUAUACAAUGCAAGUAUUUUUUUAAAGCAUACAUUUUAAGUUUUUGACUAUGCAGAAGUUAGGAUUAGAGACAUGCUACAUAUUUGGGUAUGUGCAGCUCUUUGUACAGACCUUAUGUCAUCUGACCACGUGAAGACGACUUUCUACUUUCUGUCUGAACAUAAACUGUAAAUAUAAAUAUAAGUCUGUUUUUUCAUUUUUUACUUUUUUUUUUGUUGUUGUUGUUUUUAAAUCAAUGACUGAAUAUUUUGUUUUAGAGAACGGCUGGGGCAAUGGUGACUGUGGUACUUUAAGGCACUCCAUCUGCAUGAGGAGAAUUGACACCUGCUGAAGCUGAAUCAGAGUCAGAAAGAUGG